AUGGGAGAAGCUCAAAAGGGCUUACUCUCUGUCAUUGAGAAACUUAAAGGAUCCACAGAGCAGGAGGUCAGGAUAGUGCUUCUGGGGUUGGACAACGCCGGCAAGACCACCCUGCUGAAGAGCCUCGCCUCUGAGGAUGUGAACACCAUCACACCAACACAGGGCUUCAACAUAAAGAGUGUUGCCUCUCAUGGUAUGAAACUCAAUGUUUGGGACAUUGGAGGACAGAGGAAGAUCAGACCCUUUUGGAAAAAGUACCUGGAAAACACAGACCUGUUGAUUUAUGUUAUUGACAGUGCAGACAAGAAGCGGUUUGAGGAGACGGGACUGGAGCUGUCCGAGCUGAUUGACGAGGAGACUCUAAAGGGCGUCCCAGUGCUCAUCUUUGCCAACAAGCAGGAUCUCGCCACAGCGUCACCGGCCAGUGAGAUCGCUGAGGGACUCAACCUGCAUACAUACCGGGACCGUGAGUGGCAGAUUCAGGCCUGCUCAGCUGUGUCUGGGGAGGGAGUUCAGGAUGGCAUGAACUGGAUUUGCAACAACAUUGUGAAUAAGAAGAAGUGAACCAGCAUCCCAAAAAGCACAAAUGGCGAACGAGCAUCACAUGAAGGGAUUAAAGAAAUAUUUAAUUGUGUUUAAUAUCAUCACACCUCACCAAUGACAGGUUCUGCUCCCCUCACACAUUUGAAUGAUGAGUUUGUUUUUACAUUUUUGUCAUUUUUAUGAAUAUUUUCCAAACGUAGCUCACAUAAAGAAAGACUUUAGCUACAAUAAGUGAACUAGGCACUUAUCAAUCAUUGUUCCGUCCUGAAAAUGUAUGUUUGUGUCCCCCUAUCCCGAGGAUCCUCGUCUGGUGAAUCUAUGUGCUUUCUUGAACAUCAAGAAAACCAAGCUGAGUGUGUAGCCAUG